AUGAUAUCCAUGCAGCGUUCUCUCUCGUCGCCUGUCGCCAUUCACUCGUCGCCGCCUCUGCCGACUGUACCAACACCCGUGUCGAGAUUGCCCAGCCCGCCGCCUCCCGACGGCCAUGUCGAGGUUUCCCAUUCGCGACGCUUCCGGUCAAGAAGCCCGCCCCGCGCCACCAAGGACGCUAUAAUGGCCUCGGCGCGUCGCAGCGAAGACCUUCCGAGGCGCCUAUCUAUCCAGCAGCAGGUUUCGAGCUCUACGCAGAGUCGCGGCAGGCCCAUCAUCGACCAGGCACGCGCCCCGUCGCCGGCCCCGGCGCCCAACGACUCGUCUGACAGUUUAGAAACCGUCGGCAGUCCGACGUCCCCGCUCGGCGACAAACCGUCCAAGAUGAAAUUUCUACGGCCCUUGCUGACUGAUGUUUCGCUCUACACGAAUCCAUAUCUCGGCCCGGAUAACGACGGGACAACUUUGGAGGAGCUUGCCCAUCUGGUACGCCUGUCUAAGUACCAAGAGCGCAAGCGCGCCAACACGCGGAUCCGCCUCCAGAGGAGCCUGGUGUCCACGGCGCUCUCUGCCCGGCUGAUGAGAUGCGGAGAGAUUGCCCAUCGCAACCUUGUGGACUGCUUCCGAGGAGACGACAAGAAGACCUUUGCAGCCUUGUACAAUGCUAUAAUCGAUGUUCGCAAGAGCUGCGACGAGACCCGUCGCUAUGCCUUGCUCGAGCCUGAAAUGGAGCUGCUGCAAUCUUCUGGUCUUGCGUCUUCCGAGAGUCUGGAUACCCCCACGGCAUCCGUGACAGGUGGGAGCAAUGCGCCAGGCGUCGCCACGCCAUUUCUGAACGACAUAUCUGCGUCCGCUCGGGAGACCUUUUUGACCUUUCUCAACCAGAUCAGGACGAACCCAGACUAUUUAGCUACGCGGAUUGCGUCUCUAACCCAGCACGAGCUAGCAGCGCUUACCACCUUUCACCAGGCACUUGAACCUAUCGAUUCCGUUCUUCCGUACCACAGUCGCCCAACAGUCCGUGGUUCCUCCGGGACUUCUGCCUUUCCCGGAUCUGGCGCCAUUCCAGGCUCAGCCUUUGGCGGUUCUUCUGGGCCUGGAGGGCCCGGAACUCGCCAUUCAACGCAAGAACGGAGUGCUAUCGAACGGCUGCUUUCGUUUCAGAGACACGAUCCAAUUUCCGCCUUGAUUUACACAUGCUUUGCUAAUUCUGCUGGCCCGGACAGCGCCGAGGACAAGCGCAGAACCGUGACUUGGGCAAAUACAUGCGCGCGGUUAAUUUCCGCCCCCAUCCCUAUAACAGGCAGUGAACAGACGGUCAUUUCGGUGCUCAAUGUUUGGAUCUCGAUGCGUGACUGGGCCGGAAAGUCCAACAUGGAGUGGUAUCUGAUGAAAAUCUUGGAGGACGGAGCCUUCCUGCUUGACCGUGCAGAGGACCAGCGCGGGACCCGAUUCAAUCUUUCCGACUGGACUCAAAAGGACACAAUCGCCGCCGAGGAGUUCUACACCAAAGCUGUCGAUGAGCUCUUCGAAGUCAUCGAUGAUGAGGACGCUACCGGGAUACCCGAGGGUCUGAUUGAGCUGGGCAACGAGAUCCUCAAGCGGCUGGAUAGAAAGGUGGCCGAAGGCACCCGCAAGUGGCUGGUCGCUAAAUACUUGUUCACCGUCUGGCUCUUCGGGGUUGUCAUCCAUCCGGAGGCCUAUGGCAUGAUGGCAGAGUACCACAUUACCGAAUACGGCCGGCAAAAGAUCCUGAAGGCGGUUGCCAUGCAUGCCUCGAAGCUCGUUGGUGAUAUGCUCAUGAGCAAGACGCCCGUGUCUACGCCGCCAAAGGUAAAGACCCACAUUGAGAAUAUCUAUGGCCGGUUCAAGGACUCCAAGUUACGCAAGAAGCCCAGGCUCUUGCCCGCGCGAUCCAUCACAUCGUUGAGAGAAACGGCAGAGGUGCACCCCUACCUCGUGAUCAGCCCUGCUGAUUUGGCCACCCUCGUCAAUGCCCUCUUUCCUGAAAGGAGACCACAGUCGGCACACUCGGGCAGUCUGCGGUCCGGAGCCCCCUCCAUCUCGGGAUUUUCUGCCAUGUCCCAACCCCUGUCAGUGAAAACUACCCAAAGCAAUUUUGACACAAUGUCCGUGAUUAGCAUAAGUGCCGAGUCUUUUAUCAGCGACACAACUACCUCUCGUGAGCCCCUUUUAGAUGAUGAAGACCCGCGCCGCUACUCCCCCCCCGUCCAGGAUCAGGCUCCUCCGAAGCAAACGACUAACUACGAGGAUGAUGGAUAUCGGCUGCGGCUUGCCAUGCACGAGAUGACUCAGAUACUGGGCCAGGAUGUUGUUUACGGGCUUUGCCAUCCGUGUGCGGAGCGAUGGGCUGUGUUGUUCAUCUCCGCCGACGGAAAUGACUUGUCUACACAGAUGACAUAUGAUCCAGACGACGACGUCGAGGAGGAGGCCAAUUCUUCCACGAGCGACACCGAGGGCGAUGAGACGGAGGAUGACCGCCCGGAACUCGAUAAAGACUACCACCAGCUUCGUGACUCCAUUCUGAAACUUGUCCAGGACUACGAGAUCCCGCAGAAUCUGGAGGACGACGGGGCCAAAAAGCAGACAUUUAGCAACCGUGCAUCGAGUCUCAAAAAGUACCGCUCAAAGAAUCGGAUCAUUACGACUAUGGGAAGCCGGAAUCCCUAUCGCCAACGGGCUGAAAGCUUCGCGAGCAGCCUAGCAGAGAGCCCCCCGAAGAGUGGCAAAGGGAAGGAGUCGGCCGAGUCUGCGGAAUCGUCGUCUCAGCUGAUUACUAUGUUGACGGCGGCCUGCUCUCAAUCGCGAGCUCAGUCUGACUUCGUCUCGGCUCAUAUCUACUGGAAAACCCUCCAACAACUCAACUCCUUGGCAUCCGCUUCCCUACGGCGGGAUGGUUUUGCAACCUUGCUUAACAUUUUCUCCCGUGGGCCGCGUGACUCCAUUCGCAGGUCAGCCGCGGCCAUUGAGCAGUAUGAUGCCUGGCUGGUUUGGCUCAAGCAAAGCCAGGAACGAGCUGAAGGGCUGAUAGAAUCAAUGAUGCGCCGCCUGCGAGCACUCCGCGAUAAAAUGUGGUACGUUACAGACGUGCGAAACUCGGCCCCAUACGAGGAUUCCCGGAAUAUCGCUGCCGCACUGAAGACUAUGGGCCUACCGAGGAGGUGGAAUUCCUUCCAGAAACUUAAGAGCCAGAUGCAGCGGGGACCCUCUUCGAAUUACAUCUUCAGAACCGAGUCGCAGAUUCUUGACUUGCUUGCGGCGUCAGAGGAACAAGGGGGUCCGAACAAACUACGCGACGACCAGGCAGAGAAAACGGCCCGGUGGUUGCAGCAAUGCGGCGUCGAGAAUUUCUGCCGUGGCGAGGAGCGAAUACACCGGUUUUGCUGUGAGGUAGACAGUUGCGUCAACAAAUUGGUUGGCGAUAGCAUUAUCGAUGGGCCUGUGCUGUGGUCGAGUGAGCUCUUUGCGCGCGACCGGCGGACAUUUGAGAGCACAAAGACUCCGAGGGACCGAGACAACCAGUCUGUCUGGGACGAUUCGGCCAGCGUUGUCAGCGAUCCCGAACGAAGAUUCACCUCUAUCGGGAGGCCACCGUCGGCGGCAGGAGCAUUGCGAAGCAUGUCUGGCCAGAACAUGAGCCAAAUGUCCUUUGAUUCCGGCCGCUUCAGCUUCUCUAAGGCCAGUACGGUCAUGUCGGAUAUCUUGGAUGGGCAGGAGUAUUUUGGUGCUUCAUCCCCGAUCCACCAGAUCGACUCGAACACGACGUUCUGGUCGCCCUUUCAACACCGUGCUACCUCUCCCAGUACGACAUCCAGAGCGCACUCGCCAACCACAAGCCUGACGAACCUCUCAGGCUCUUUCCACCCGCCGCAACACCACCAUCUACCGUCUCAUUCUCAUUCCACGGGCCGGCCGGGCACAUCGGCAUCGUCAAAUGAGACAGUCUAUCAGCAACGGCUGUCCGAGGAUAAAGUCCGCUUCCUCGGCGAACUGCGGCAGACGCUGACCAGUCUCCUGCUCUCCGAUUUGGGAAAUCACGUCUUUGCCAGUGGGUCUGAGACGGAUGCAUGGUUCGAAGGUUUGGGCCAAGAAUGCAUCGACCGUCGGGAAGCCAUCCAGCGUCGCGCGCGCCAAGCGCAGGCUCGUGACAGACGCAAGGCGGGACUCAAGCAGCGCAUCAUCGAGAAGAAGAGGAGCUUUGGCGACCUACGGGGUACAAGCACUGGCGGCGCGCCAAGCGACAAAGCCCUCUCCGAUGUUCAGAGUCUCGGCCCUGAAGCGGCUAGCGGCAGCCAUUUAGGAGGGAGCGUCCACGGUGGCAGUGUCCAUGGCAACGAGAGUUCUGCAACCAGCGAUACGAUUUCGGCUCAGAGACAGAACCAAGAUCCAAAGAAGGACCCCCUACCCGACUUCCCGUUCACAAAGGCAUACCAACGACUUUUAAAGAUGUUCUGUGUCCACCCGAACCCGUACGUGAAACUGAACGCCCUGUCCGAGUUGGAGCACCUGAUCGUUGCUUCUCUGAACUCGGGGUCCCGUCGGUCGAGACUGGCGUGGGCGCGAUCUGAGCUGGGCUCGGCGUCUUCUGCCACCGACGAUCAUGGCGGUGGUGUGGGGACGGGCCGGUCCCAGCCUAUCGAGGAAGCCAUCGACAACAUUAAGGAGAGGCGCUCGCAAACCCUAGUCCAGGCUCCUGCUUUUGCUUCGGGUGGCCACGGCCCGAGCAGUCGAGUUCCUGGAGGAGGCGGCAAUAUCGAGACUCGCUCGGUAGUCUCGGUUUACCCUGCCAAUACUGAUGCCAUUGCAAACGUCUUGCAGACGCUGUUUCGGGACCCGUCACUCCGGCCGAAGACACUAUUUCGCGAUCUUCAGUUUAUUUCUUCCUUUGUACCUUCUUCCAUCCUUGACAAGACUGAAAAGGGCAAGGCGUUUUGGGAUGCCGGUCUUGCCGCACUUGGCCUGAAGCAGGAAGUUUGCCGCACGAUGGUCGAAGUUGCGGAUGAUAUUGUCAAAAACUACACGCAGACACGUGGUGGAGUUCCGUCCAGCUCCGGCAACAACAACCGACCGGGAACUGGAAGCACAGCGACCGGUUCCAAUGCGGAUGCGAGCAGCACUGCCUCUGGGCCAGUGGCAGGAGAACCGUCUUCCCCUCCUGUCUCGCCGCCAUCACCGCUUCCUCUGACAACACACUCACUCGCCGAUGCAGCCAAGAUGUGGACAAUUACAGCGAAGGAGGGCGAUCCCACGGCACAACGUGAACUCGCCAUCUUCUACCUUUCCAACCCCGAACUUGUGCAGCGUACCACAAUGCCUCUCAGCAAACCGCGUGAGGUGUUCAAGCAGGCAGUCAUAGAAAAAUAUGGCGGUGGAUCCUCGGGCCGGUCCGGUCCGGCUGGCUCUGCGUCUAGCAGGCAUCAUCCUGGCGCGCCCACUCAGUCGCAAUUCCAGAGGCAAUCGGGGAGCGGUGGCAUUGGUCUGGGGAUUGGCACCGGUGGCGCCGGUUCUGGAACCGGUUCGGGAAUGGAAGACGGUAGCGGCCUAGGUGCCAGCGGUAUGGGUGUGGGUGACGUCCGAAGCGACCCAGCCCUCAUGUGCCUAGCAAUUCACUGGAUGGGGGCAGCAGAGCAGGGCAGCGAUGAGCUGGCCAGGACUUUCAUGGCUCAGAACGAGAUCGCACCAAGAAAUCAGGUCAAGAUGCCGACCAUAAAUGUGGAUAAAUAUGCCCUCUUCGAGGAGCUCGGCCAGCAGUACACGGCCGAUUCUUUCCAGCAGCUAUGCUUUGACUUCGGCAUCGAGCUCGACAAGGACACCGAGGAUGACCCGGCGCGGCCCAAGGACCAGGCUCCCGAGCUGGCCAUCGAGAUCCCCGCCAACCGCUAUGAUAUGUUAUGCUUCGAGGGAAUCGCAAUGCAUCUGAACAUCUUCCGGGGCAAGCACGGGACGCCGAAAUACAGGCUGCUGGACAUACCCGAGAGCAAGAUGCAGAGCAUCACGGUCACCAAGGAGACCGCCCAAGUCCGCCCCUAUGUUGCCGGCGCAAUCCUUCGCAACCUCAAGUUCACCGAGGCCACAUACAACUCGUUCAUCGGCCUGCAAGACAAGCUCCAUCAGAAUCUGGCGCGGCAAAGGACAUUGGUUUCUAUCGGGACCCACGAUCUCGACACGAUCCAGGGCCCUUUCACAUAUGAGGCUCUUCCUCCGAAGGACAUCAAGUUCGCUCCCUUAAACCAGACCACGGAGAUGGAUGGCGAGGAGUUGAUGGCCUUCUAUAACAAUGACAAGCAUCUCGGCCGCUUCCUUCAUAUUAUCCGGGACAAGCCCGUCUACCCCGUCAUCCUCGACGCCAACAGGGUCGUGUGCUCUCUUCCCCCUAUAAUCAACGGCAACCACUCCAAGAUCACACUGAACACGACCAAUGUCUUCAUUGAGAUUACGGCUACCGAUCAGACCAAGCUGGACAUUGUCUGCAACAUCAUGGUGGCCAUGUUCUCCAAGUACUGCGAGGAGCAGUUCACCAUCGAGCCGGUGAAGAUCAUUUCCGACCACAACGGGACUACCCGGAUCACACCCAGUCUGGCCGUCAGAACCAUGGACGUCGAGGUGGAUUACCUCAACCAAUCCUGCGGUCUGAACGAGUCGCCCGCCUCGAUAAGCAAGCUGCUGAGCAAGAUGGCUUACGCGGCAGAGCCGUCCGAAGAUCCAAAGUUCAUCAGGGUCGCGGUACCGCCAACGCGAGCCGAUGUUCUGCACGCCUGUGAUGUGAUGGAGGAUGUUGCCAUCGCAUAUGGCUUCAACAAUCUCCCGCGGUCAUCGCCCAACAAGGCGGCCACGAUUGGCAAGCCCCUGAUGAUUAACAAACUCAGCGAUAUCGUCCGAAACGAGUGCGCCAUGGCGGGCUGGGUCGAGGUUAUGCCCUUGAUUCUGUGCUCCCACGAGGAGAACUUUGAGUGGCUGAACCGCGUCGACGAUGGAACGGCGGCUGUCAAGCUUGCCAACCCCAAGUCGGUUGAGUACCAAGUUGUGCGGACUUCACUCUUGCCUGGUCUUCUCAAGACGAUACGCGAGAACAAGUCGGUUGCUCUUCCGCUCAAAAUCACGGAAACGUCCGAUAUCGCACUUAAGGACGAUACCUGCGAGCGCCGUGCUCGAAACGAGCGCCACUGGGCAGCGGCCUUCUACGGCAAGACGAGUGGUUUUGAGGUCGUCCACGGCCUUCUAGACCGAGUAUUGUCGAUGCUCCGCAUCUCCUUCAUCACACAUGAGGAGGGGCUCACGGGCAAGAGCGUCGACUUUGAAGUUAAGCAGAACCCCAGCCCGUCAGACGGCUAUUUCAUUGAGGAAAUCAACGAGCCGACUUUCUUCCAUGGGCGCGCCGCGGCCAUCUAUCUGCGACUCGGCGGGAAAGUGCAUCGCAUUGGCGAAUUCGGCGUAUUACAUCCCACGGUUCUGGAAAAGUUUGACUUAAAAUACCCAGUGAGCACCUUAGAAGUUAACCUUGAAAUUUUCCUUUGA